AUGUCCAAGACCUACAACAUCGCCUCCAUCCCCGCCGAUGGAAUUGGCCCAGAGGUCAUCGAGGCUGGUAUCACAGCUCUCAACGCCUUGACUGAUACCCUCAAGACCUUCAAGCUCGAGUUCAAGAACUAUGACUGGAGCUCAGAGACCUAUAAGAAGACCGGCAAAUACAUCCCCGACGGCGGCCUUGAGGAACUCAAGAAGCACGAUGCCAUUUUCUUCGGUGCUGUCGGCGCCCCUGACGUCCCCGACCACAUCUCCCUGUGGGGUCUCCGUCUGGCCAUCUGCCAGCCUUUCCAGCAAUACGCCAACGUGCGUCCCACCCGCGUCUUCCGCGGAACUGAGUCUCCUCUGCGCAAGUGUGGCCCCAACGACCUUGACUGGGUCAUUAUUCGCGAGAACAGCGAAGGCGAGUACGCCGGACAAGGCGGUCGCUCUCACGCCGGAAAGCCAUGGGAAGUCGCGACAGAGGUCUCGAUCUUCUCCCGCCACGGUGUCGAGCGCAUCAUGCGCUUUGCUUUCGAGACUGCGCAGAAGCGUCCGCGCAAGCUUUUGACUGUCGUUACCAAGAGCAAUGCCCAGCGUAACGGUAUGGUUCUUUGGGACGAGGUUGCCAAGGCUGUUGCUGUGGAUUUCCCCGAUGUCACUGUUGAUAAGAUGCUUGUUGAUGCCAUGACUACUCGUAUGGUCUUGAAACCCGAGUCUUUGGAUACUAUUGUUGCCACGAACUUGCACGCUGACAUUCUGUCCGAUCUGGCUGCUUCUUUGGCUGGCUCUAUUGGUAUUGCUCCUACCUCCAACCUUGACCCCACUCGUCAGUACCCCAGUAUGUUCGAGCCUAUUCACGGAUCUGCCUUUGAUAUCACUGGUAUGGGUAUCUCCAACCCUGUGGCCACCUUCUGGACUGCUGCGGAGAUGCUUGCCUGGCUCGGCGAGGAGGAGGCUGCUAAGCAGCUCAUCGAUUGUGUUGAGAAUGUUUGCGAGCAGGGCGUGCUCACCCGUGACUUGGGUGGUAAUGCUACUACCAAGCAGGUUACCGAUGCUGUUGUGGCUGAGAUCAAGAAGCUUGCUGGCAGCAAGUAA